AUGGGAAUAUUAAGAGGAAAAGAUUCAGCUUUAUCACAUAUUGAACAAUCUAAAACAGCAUUUUUGGCAACAUUAUCUGACGUUGAACAAGGUGCAUCAACACAUACAAUGCCACCUAAAGAUCAUUAUACAUUAAAAUUUAAACGAGAAACAAUUAAAAAUUUAAAAGGACGUGUUUAUGAAACAAUGAAACAAUAUUCAUAUGAACAAUUAGGUGAAAGUAUUCCUGCAUUUUUAAAUAAUAAAGAAGCAGAUGAUUCUCAAGUUGCUUUAUUUCAUCCAACAAAACCUGCUAUACCAACAGUUGGUCAUCAAUAUGUUGCUUGUAUCUAUGAAGAUCUUAAAAUAAUUGAUUGUCUUAUUGAACUUGAUUGGAGUGAAGUUGACGAAUUAGUUAAAGUCUCCAAUGCAAGACGUAAAUCAGUCGUUUAG